AUGCAAUUUGAUUUUUUUGAUGAAGAACAAGCUUAAAUUUAACAUUUUGAAUCAACCCAUUCAUAUGGUGAAACACAAUCAGUUUAAGUCCUAAAUAAACUUGCAUAACAAGCCCCACCUGAUAAAUAGCAUCCAAAAUAGUUAGAACAGGUUGAAGUGCUUAAUCCUCCGCAAUUUAUACACUAAUUGCUAAAGGAAAGACCACAUCCUGUUGAAAGGCAUGAAGUAUUUGGUAUGCUGGUGCAUUUUGUACAGGCUAAAUUGUACCAUCCGCACACAUUUUAACAAUUUGAUUAAUCCCAAUCUGAACAUUUGUAACAGCCUUCUUCUGACCACCAACCACAACCUGUCUCUGCCUCACAACUUGCUGAAUCAGUGGUGGUACAAUCAGCAGAUGCUUAUUGUAAUGUCAAACAAUAAAGAACAAAGGAAAUCAUAAAAAGCUAAUCAAAUUUGAUAUAAUUGUAAUUUAAAUGCUAACUGAAGAUUUAAGAUAUGAUCUCAUAUGUUUAUAUAUUAAUACCAAAAUUGAGAAUAUUUAAAUUCUUAAAUAUUGUACUUAAAUAGGAAGCUUGA